AUGAGCGGUUCGAAAUAUCCAACGACGAUGAGUUGUAUGGAUGCGUUUAAUCGAUUAACGACAUGCUAUUCACUAGGUGGACAAUUUCGUAGUUAUUAUCGAAAUGGACAAUUGAAUGCAUGUGAUAAACAAUUAGAGAAAUUAAAGUUUUGUAUAUUUAAUAGUAAAGACCCUAUUGCUGUGCAACAAUGGUAUCAACAGGAAGCUGAAAGGAACAAACGACUUGUUGGUAGUACGGAUAUAAUUUGGAAAGAACGUCCAUAA